AUGGCGGCGCGGCCGCUCCCCCGCCCCCGCUCCGCGACCUUCUCAAGAUGGCGGCGGGUCUCGCGAGAUUUCGCGUUUUCGCGCGCCUGCGCGGCUGCCGACGUUGCCGCGGGGGCCGCUGGGAUCGCGGCGGACCCGGACGAUCAGCUCCUGGAGGACUCCAAGACUUUGGGCGACUGCGGCUUCACGAGCCAAACGGCGCGGCCACAGGCCCCGGCCACCGUGGGGCUGGCGCUGCGGAACGGGGAGGACUCGUUCGAGGGGCUCCGGAUCGAGCCGUUCUCCAGCCCCCCGGAGCUGCCGGACGUGAUGAAACCCCAGGACUCGACCGGCGCCGCCACCGACCCCCCCCUGCCCUGAGAAACGAACUUUGGGGCAAAUUCCGGGCAUUUCGGGACAUUCCGGGAUGUUCUGGGAAAUUCUGGGAAUUUGGGGGGGAUUUUUUUGGAGAUUUUUUGGGGAAUUUUGGGGGAAUUUUUUUUGAUUUU